UUUUGAUCUACCGACUGAAAUGCACCCAUGGAUGGAUGGAUGGAUGCUCCUUCUCUUCUCCCUUCUUCCUCUAUUAUAUUAGUGCCCCCUCCUUCCCUCUUCGGCUCUCAUCUUAGCACGCUAAACCGGCUUCCAAGAUGAAGCUCUUAGGUUGGAUGCAUCGAAAGCUACGGAGUAAUAAUGACGUGUUCAAAGAGUUCAACACCGGAGGAGGUGGGGCCUGCAACUGCAUCACCGGGCUUGCCUCGCCUGACCACGACAACGACUACUUCUCCGGCGACGACGCCGCCCACGCCUCGCCGCCGGUCACCGCCGGCGACCUCUUCACCUUCGGCGGCAGCGGCCUUCUCACCAUCGGCACGCUAGGCAUCGCCGCCGUCGCCAUUCCCAGCGGCGGCGACGACGACGACUACGACAUCGACUUCGAGGUGGACGCCACCAGCGACGACGACGGCGGCUUCACCGUCGAGGACGACGACGCCGACGUCGGCGGCGCCGUCACGCCCACCUUCACCUUCCCCGCGGCGACGGCGGCGGAGGCGGUCGUCGCCACCGUGGAGAAGGCAGUGGCCGCGGUGGAGGCGAUCGCGGAGAAGGACGACGACACCACCACGGAGGACGACCUGAUGGUGGUGAGCGCCGAGCUGGAGAAGGUGCUCGGCGGCGUCGACGUGGCGUCGGCGCGGGUGAGCUUCGCCAUGGGCGGUGGCGUCGACUGCCCGCUCCAGGGCUUCCUGUUCGGCUCCCCGGUGAGCGACGUCGAGUCGCGCCCGGAGUACCUGCAGGCGCCGCGGGACUCGUCCGGCUCCUGCGGCGGCGGCGGGCGGCGCACCUCGCUCGGCGAGCUGUUCAUGCGCACCCGCUUCGCCGACGAGAAGGUGGCGCUCGUCGCCGUCGCCGAGGGCGAGGACGGCGUCGCCGGCGACGACGGCGCUGCUGCUGCCGGCGUCGGCGGAGACAGAGCGGGGAAAGGCGGCGGCUACAAGACGAUGAAGAAGAGGAAGGUGAAGGACGAGAAAGGCGGCGGCGGCGCCGCCGGCGGUGGAAUGCCGGCGACGGUGACGAAGAGCAAGUUUCAGAAGAUCCUUCAAAUCUUCCACAGGAAAGUCUACCCCGAGAACACACUCCUCACAAGGAAUCUGACCAAGAAGAGCCGCAACCGCGGCGCCACCGAUAAUGGCGGUGGCGCCGUGGCCACCGGAGACCCCGACGGGCCUCUGGCCUCGCCGGUGCUCCGGUGCCGGAAGGACCAUCCCAUGAGGGGCUUCGGCUGCUGCACCAAUGGCGCCUUCGGUGCAUCGUCACCGGGAGGCAACGCCGAGAUGAACGGCAACAAGAGCGGCCACUGGAUCAAGACUGAUGCCGACUACUUGGUGCUGGAAUUAUAAUGGGGAAAAGAAGAGGAGCUAUUUGUUUCAUCAAGAAUUAAAGCUUGAAUAGUGAGCAUCUCAUAUAUAUGAAUAUGUGCUUGCUGUUACAAUAUAAUCUCUAUCUGUUUGGUAUAGAAGGGCUUGAAUGUGCUGUAUAUGUCACUAUAUAUUGGGGGGGAGAGGAUUACUAUGAGAUCAACUCAUAAGUGUGUGGUGUUUAUAUACAUUGCUCUGUGAAUGUAUGACAGAGAUCAGAACUUAAUGUAUUGUAUGCUUUCUUGAUGUGAUUGGUGUUUAUGAGCCUAGCUGAUGGCAAUA